UCGUGAUUCAGCACUAUUAUGAUAACUGGUCGUACACAAAUAACAGGAUAAUACGAAUAAAGCAAAAAGCGAAUUUUAUUUUAUUUCUUCUACAGACCCGGAAGUAGUAAGUUGACUACCACGUCAAAGUUGUUAAAGAGAACGUAAAUAAUUCUAGAAAACGAUGGAAUUUCCAAAUUUGGGACAACACUGCUCAAAGGAGUCUUGCAAACGUUUAGGAUGGGGUUGAGAUGGGUGCUCAAAUUCUAUGAACAGGAGAACAAUAACUGACACAUUAUCACUUAUUUAAAAAACAAAUUUCCUACCUGUAAAAUGUGAUGCGUGCACAAAUAUUUUUUGUUCUGAUCAUAUGAGCUAUAGUAGCCACCAAUGUGAGUCAGCUUACAAGAAAAAUGUCCAAGUGCCUGUAUGUCCUUUAUGCAGCAAGCCAGUACCAACACCUCGAGGACAGGAACCUGAUUACACAGUAGGCCAACAUAUCGACAACGAUUGUCGAGUGGCUGAGGGUAAAAAGGUAUUUACCAACCAUUGUACUGUUGCAAAAUGUCGUGGUAAGGAAGCAGUGCCUGUAGUAUGCAGCGAAUGCCGCCAAAAUUAUUGUUUUAAACAUCGUCACCCUUCGGAUCACAGUUGUAAUGGGAAUGCUAGAACAACUCAAAGAAGAGCAGAAUCGAAAAAUCGUUUUGGUUCUAACGGUAUUGUAAAAAAACCAUUUACAGCAACUUCUAUACAGGGAACUAUGAGUGAAGAUGAAGCGUUAGCUAGAGCACUUGCUGAAUCUGAACGGUUAACUCCAAGGAAUGUUACUAACCCAGAACAAAGAUGUUCAGUUUCAUGAUUAUAAACUAUGCUGUUAUUAAACGAUCUAUGCUCAAUAGUGAUAACAUUUAGAGUUAAGCUCAAUAUACAUUUAUUUUAUCUUGUUAUUGAAUUUUUAAAUAUUUAAACGUACAUUCCAAUCAGUCUUAUUAGGUUAUAUUUGUAUAAUUGAUUUAAAUGCCUAAUUGUUUUGUAAGAAAACUUAUCUAAAAUAAUAAAAAUAAUUAAAAACAACAAAUUUUAUAAUUAAAAUAAAUUUAUUUAAUAAAAUA